CAAGCCUUUUCUAGGAUACAUUCCUACUUAUUAUCCGCCAGAUUUUAUGGUCAUUCCAGGGUUGAAUCAUUCUACUGUUUGCAGACUUUAACUGCUCAAGAAUAUCAUUUCAUCAGUAAUUGAGCAAUUUGAAUUACCAAAACGAGAGGAGUAUCUCAAAACAAAGUCAGAAAGAAAAAUGGAUCGACUUCCAAAUACCAACUGGGCCUCCGGAUUUCCAAUACCACCUCCUUACCCUUCUACUCGGAACUUUUACCCCGAGACUACUCUCGGGCUACCAGCACCUACGUUCGCAGAUCUUGAUGAUGGAUAUCUUUGCCCCACGAAUCUUUCGUACGACUUGUAUACAUCGGCUAGUUCUCCAUCUAUAACUGGACGACUGAUCAACGAGACCACCGACCUCUGUGGUGCUCUUACCGAGAAUUCAACCCACAGCCGAGGGAAUAGACAUGGAGUUAGCAACUGUACGCUUGGUGUGCCUAUAUCUAGGACUUCCGAUGAUGAAAAAGUAUGCAAUGACCAUGACGUCAAUCUAAAUGUACAUCCCCUUGAUGCCGAGUGGAUGAUCGACACUCUCGUUAGUGAUCAAGCAACUGCAAGGUCUACUGAAACUCUUCCUUCCGGGGAGGCAAACCAAACAGCUGCGAUGGAGUGCAAGUGGGAAGGCUGUAAAUACAAUGGACACUUUGCCCGGACGGUCGAUUUGGAGAGACAUGUGAAAAGUGUUCAUAUAUCCCCGGGUUCUUAUCAAUGUCCAGCUGAAGGAUGUUGCAAAUUUUUCAAUCGGAAGGACAAUUGUAAUGCUCAUUUCAAUCGACGCCAUAAGACAUUGGAACUGCAGGUGGAACAGGGGAAGAAGACGGAUUAAAACCCAAAGAGAUCUCGAUAUUACAAAGGGUACAGACAGAUUCGAAACCUCCUUCACCUCGAAACAUCUCUCUUUGAUUAAUUUUGCCCCACUGCCAAGGUGCCUAGUUGAUUCGGUUUUUUCAAGUGUUUCAGCUGAGGUGUAUUGUUUUGCUUGAAAAGUACUUUACCACACUACCCCUCUUAAAAAGUAGUCAUUAGUUAGAUAUGGUAUAUCCUGUCAUUAACAAAGCGAAAAAUGAAUCCAC